UUCCGGUUAGAUAUCUUCUAUUUUAUAUAAUAACACGUUUUUAUUUUAUACGCAAGUAAUUAUUGUAAUAAUCGUUCAAACAUGGUUGUAAUGCCGAGAGAAUCAGCUAAAAUUGUUUCUGCAUAUGCAAAAAAUGUUUUUAUAGACGACGAGGCUAUAAAAGCUGUUGCUUGCAAGCUUUUGGAAGAGCUUAAAGAAAAAAGAAUAGAUAUUAAUAAUUUUUCACAAUGUAAAUUUCAUCCUAAAUGCUCUGACCCUAAAGCCAUUGACUGGAUAUUCCUGUUGGAUUUAUUAAAUUUUUCAUUUUGGACCGAAGAAAAUGCCAAUAAAUGGAAAGUCAACGGACAAACUGGGUAUUUUGCAAUGUGCGCUGCUAUUAAAAGAGCUAUAGAUGAGGGUACACCUAUAACAGAUCCUAAGUACUAUUCAAAAAUAACUAAAAAUGAACUUGAAGUAAUCUUUCGAGGUGAUGAUAACACUAUUAAUAUUCCUCUUAUAAAUGAAAGAGUAAAAGUUCUACAUGAAGCCGGAGAAGUAUUAUUGAACAAAUAUAAAGGUACAUUCGUCGAAUGUAUCAAAUCGUGUGCAGGCUCGGCAGAAAAAUUAUUAAAACUCAUUGUUACUGAUUUUCAUUCUUUUCAAGAUGAAGCACAGUUCCAAACAUAUAAAAUUAGUUUUUAUAAAAGGGCUCAGAUUUUAAUCGGUGAUAUUUGGGCUUGCUUUAAAGGGAAAGAAUAUGGUGAAUUUUAUGACAUUGAUUUUCUUACCAUGUUUGCCGAUUAUCGAAUUCCUCAAGUUCUUGUUCAUUUUGGUACUCUCAAAUAUAGUAGUUCCUUAUUAAAUAAACUUUGCUCAGGUUUCAAAUUGGAAUCGGGAAGUGUUGAAGAAAUAGAAAUUCGUGGAUGUUCUAUAGAAGUUGUUGAACGUAUUAAUAACGAAGUUAAACAUUUAAUUAAUUCUCAUAAUAAUUUACGUUUGAAAGAAAGUGAUAUUAAUUGUGUUUUAAUCGAUCAUUUUUUGUGGGACUAUCGUCGACAAUAUGCCAAAGAGUUAGAUAGUAUACCAUUUCAUAAAACUAGAUGCAUCUAUUAUUAAUUUCCUUCUUCUCAGUGAUAUACAUUAAAUUUAUUUUUAUAAAUUUUAUUAUAUUAUAUUUA